AAUCACUAGACUUUAUGUAAUGUUAUUGCGAGGAGUUGAAUUUGGAUCCGAACAUUAUUAGCUUACAUAAUCGGUGUUUAGGUGAAGGGAUAAAUAAAACACUUGAUUGGGUUCUCUCUCUUUUUUCUCUACCCACCACUCAAAUGAGUUUACAAGCAUAAAAGCAGAACAGGCAACCUUCUCUGGAGCUUCUUUUCUCCCUCUCUGUCUCUCACAUACCCAGAUUCGCUAAACCACUUGUACUAGUUCCACUACCAUUGACACGAAAGGAAUAGACAGACAUGUUGUGCACAUCUCAAGCUUCAACAGCCAUUUGCUUCAGCAUGGAUGAAGCCUCCUCCUCCUCCUCCAUUCAACUAGGUGGUCGUGCCAUCGACCGCCACAACCCCAUCAUCCGAGAUCAAAAACGACUCACCAGAAGAGGUGGCCUCCCCGCAGCACCCAGUUCCUCCCCCUCCGCUCAGCCACCCAUUGAUCCCAAGAAGAACUCAACAACAAGACCAAAAAAUAAUGAUCGUAAAGGCAAGAAAAGCUCCUCCUCCAAUAAGCCAAAGAGCACUUCUGAUAAAUCAAGUAGUGGUAGUGGUAGUGGUAGUGGUAAGGCACUUGAAUAUCAUCGUUUGAUUGCUCCUCCUCUUCGUGACUCGUCCAGAUAUCUGUUAAGCGAGACUGCCUUCUUUGAUGGGUUAUCGGAUUUUGACCCUGUCUUGACUAUGGUUCCUGCUGAAGCUGAAGCUGAACCCAAUAAGAUUACUAGUGUCAGUACUGAAGCUCUCUCUAAUCCAAAUGAACAGAUCUCUUCAAAGCCCUCAUCUUCCCAGUCAGACAAGUCUUCUCCUCCUUCUUGUUCUACUUCUUCAGACCAGGUGGUGGUGUUGAGGGUGUCCCUGCACUGCAGAGGCUGUGAAGGAAAAGUGAGGAAACAUCUAUCCAGAAUGAAAGGUGUGACAUCCUUCAACAUAGACUACGCAGCAAAGAAGGUGACGAUUAUUGGGGACAUAUCACCAGUGACUGCCCUGGCAAGCGUCUCCAAGGUCAAGAGCGCACAGUUCUGGACAGCUUCCGCUGCCCAAGCCCAAUCGUGUGCUUCUAAGAAAUAAUUAACAUGAAGUAUUUGUGGGUUUAGAGAAAUACUACGUACUUAUGUUUACUGCAUACUUGCAUAGUUCAUAAUCUUAAUUUGUAGCUUACAACUUAGAAGGGACAUAGCAAGGGUUCUUGUUUCAAGGGCUUAUUGUAGAUUCUUUGAUCCAAAGAGGAUGAGGACGGAUGAAAAGAUUUGCGUAAGCUUUCUUGUUUCGA